UUAUGCAUGAUGUAAUGGAUAAUUCAAAAAUCAGCCAAAUAUUAGAACCGGACUCCACAUUUAAAACAUUAUCAGCAACAAGAAAUAUAUAUGAGAAUGUUUCAAUAACAACCGUCCCUCCAGCACCUUCCAGCAAGAAAACUGCAAAAUUCGUUAAUAAAGGAUCGCCGAAAAAGAAAUAUAAAGAAGCUGUUGACGUUUCAUCAAUACCAAUAGACGAUGAUUCCACAGAAUGGAGGUGCCCGAAUAUAACGGGUUCCAGAUCGUUAGAAUGUGCCUGCGACUUACCUCAUACUUUGCGUUGCAAUGGUGACGUACAUGGUCUAACAAAAUUGGCGGAAAACUUACACACAACUCCUUAUUCUGUAGCUUUGCUGGAUAUUUCAUUACGAAACGUUACGUUUCUCAGCGAUGCUCGAAUAUUUGAUAAAGUUUCCUUAAGAUGCCUCAUUAUUUCAUCCGGUGAAAUAAAACGUGUUCAUAAAUCUGCCUUUUUGGGUAUUAAGGGGCCUCUUCUAGCAUUGGGUUUACCUGGAAAUGCUCUUCUCAGCGUACCAUGGAGUUCCAUUGCAAUACUGGUACAGUUGGAACGAUUAGACUUGUCAAAUAACAAAAUUAAAGCUCUUGGUACCUCAGAUUUAGCUACUCUAGUAAAUCUAGAGUAUUUAGAUCUUGGCAACAAUCAGUUGUCGAGUAUUUCACAAAGAACAUUUGUUAAUCUUAGAAAAUUGGAAAUUCUAAAAUUAGGUGGCAACCGGUUGGGUGACUACGCAUUCAGCUUAAAAGCCCUAACCCUGUGUCUCAAUUUAAGGGAUCUUGACAUCAGUGCCAAUAACUUAAAUGGACCAUUGACAACUGUUUCAUUACCCAUAUUAAAGAACCUAGCCAGUUUGAAUUUAAAUCGCAAUCUUAUAAAAAGCAUACAAAACAAGGCUUUCGUAAAAUUUUCUAAACUGCAGAUACUUUCUUUGCGGCACAAUCAAAUAGAUGUCUUACAAGAUCAUGCUUUUUACGGAUUAGGGUCAUUGGAAACUCUAGAUUUGAGCUAUAACGGCAUAGUGGCUAUUUCGGGUGCAUCAUUACAACAUCUAACUAGACUAACUACACUCGAUUUAACACACAAUUUUCUGAGGGCUCUUACAUCAGAUCUCAUAACACCCUUGCCCUCUCUAACUGAUUUGGGAUUAUCUGGAAAUGACAUUUCAAUUGUGGCAAGAAAUGCCUUAGAUGGCGCACUAGAAUUGAGAAGUAUAUCCAUGCAAGAAAAUCCAUUAUCUUGUGAUUGCACCAUUCGAGAAUUCGCCGAAUGGCUACAAACGGCCAAUUUAGUUUCACAUGAUCUCCUCACUAUAACAUGUGCCACACCCCCAAAAUUAGAAGGAGCACCUUUAAUACAAGUACCAAUGGAAAUGUUGAGCUGUGACAUGGAAAAUAUGGAAAAAGACAAUGCAAAUAUCAUUGAACAAUUGGGAGCAUUUGCAAAAAAAAAUCACUCUACACAUCAAAUUAAAGAUCUAUCGGACGAGAUCGUUUUACGAGAACUUCACUUUUCUACUGAUUAUGGACUAAUUCUAACUUGGAUUAUAAAUCUUAGUAAAAAAGAUUAUAUGUGCGAUGCAAUAUUUGUGUAUAAGGAAGAAAAUAUUAACGAAAUUCUUAUUGACAAUUCCCCGAUACAUUGUGAAAGCAAAAUUAUCAAUGGCCAGAACACCGUUAGCGUUUUAGUGCCGGACAGUUCUUCUUUGGAUAUAGGAGAGAGCUAUCGGUUUUGCUUGGUUAUGGUCCAAGAAUAUCAGCCACAUUCUGACAUAACAGUUGGUUGCUCUAAUAUAACUCAACUACAAAUUAGCAAUCCAGGCAACCUUCCAAAAGCUAGACAAUUUAAACGUCGUCCUUAUGCUGAUUUUACAAAAUUUGAUAAGUCUGUCGAAACGGAACAUCGAAACAUAAACGCUUUGGCUGUAGACUUUCCUAAUAGUGGAAGAAUAUUCAACACGAAAGUCAGCCACCAGGAAGAGGACUCAGAUGCCUAUUCCCAAAGGACUUUCGAUUUUUUUAACUCAUUAAAUAAAAGUUUCUUACCAGGUAUUGGCUUAGGAAUUUUGGUGACAUCUUUGUUAGUUUUGAUUUGGGCGGCAUCACGUCUUCGACAUACAGAUAACGCCACCGACAAUCAUAAUUCCAAUAAUGGUCGUAGCAGCAGAAGAUCUAGUUCACCAACGGCCACAACUUGCUAUGCAGCAUCGGAACAUAUUGCUCGUUUAGCUGAUUCCGAAAAUCGAACUCGAUAUUUAAAAUUACAAGCUACAACAAGUCUCUAAUCUUUAGGAAUUCCAGUCAUCAUAUGAACGAUUCAACUUUGAACUUUUCACGACAAAUAGAGGCUUGCAGUUUUUGGUCAGAUUUUGUUAAUUUUGGAAAUUUGGGAAGAACCGAGUCCUCGACAGGCAGCCAUUGUUUUAAAACAAAUUAUUAUCAGCAGAUGCUGAAUAUCAAAAUUACCAACAAAUGUAUAAUAUUGUUCAUUUAAUUUACAGUAUAAAUACAUAUGUAUGUGGCCCCGUUUGUAUGGAGGAACAAUAAGGUGUCGAUAUUUCCAACUAAAAUUAAAGUUUAGCUCUUUUGAGGAGACCAUUUCUCAAAAUGUUUGUCCUAGCGUCAAUGUUAAUUUUUCGAAACAUCAGAUCGGGAAGAAUAGGUUUCCAAAAAAUUGUUAAAAACGGAAAAACCCGUUUCAGGUAAAUUGUAUGGGGUUUAUAAUGUAUUAAUUUAAACUACUUAUUUUAAUAAAUUAUAUGCAAAAAUUAAGAUAAAAUAAAAUUUUUGAAUUGACAUUGAAGCUCAUUUCAGAGACCUUUCACAUGAUACCUAUUUUAUACUUUAAUCCAAGUCACCAAAUAAUGAUACCAGGACAAAAUGUUUUGAGAAACUGUAUCUUUGAAUGAAUUAAACUUAUAUUUUAGUUGGGAACAUUCACAACCUUCACAACCCUAAUGUACAUAUCUCACGUAUAGCUUUGUUUUAUUUUAUAAGGAUUCCCGAAAUGUAUCUUUUCACUAAAACUGUUAGAUUUUAAUCGAAAUAAAUGUUUCAUGUAAAAGCCCUUUUGAAAAUGCAGU